AUGAACACAGGAACAAAAUGGGGUAUUAUUUUGGGAGCAGGAAUUCCAGGUGUACUCAUUCUCAUCGGUAUUUUGGGUUUAUUAAUUAAAUUUUUCAUGAAACGUUGUCGAACCAAAGCUUGGGAAAAUAUUCGUUCGUUACCAAAAAACGUUGCGGUAUCAGACGUUGGUGCCAAUCGUCGACCACGAAAGCAUUCUCUAUCGGAACGUGAACCACUCUAUCCAGCAACACCAUCUGCUAAUGGUUUAGACGCAUCUGACGGACAUAUAAGUAUACCGAUCAACGAGAAUGAUAUUCCAUCAGAUCAACGUAGUAUUGGACAUGUCGAUCAACAGGAGAGCACACUGGUACAAAUUCAACGUGAUCGUCUAAAUCGUCUGAAAGAAGAAGAGAAUCGUCUUCGACCAAUGAUACGUUUGAGUCAUGGUGAAGACGACAUUCAGCGUGCGAUUGACCAAGCACAGAAAGAGUUCGAAGAAUCGGUAGCUAAUGCUUCAGCAAAAAUGAAACGCCGUCAAGAAAAUUAA